AUGUCCGACUUCAGGUGCACGGCUGGAGAUCUUGUGAACGGUGCUAAAUUCUCUGGCUUUAUGCACACAAUUGGGGAUCUUGCGAACAGUGCUACAUUCUCCUGCUUUAGGUACACGGUUGGGUAUCUUGCAAACAAUGCUACAUUCUCCGGCUUCUCCGGUUUUGGGUACGCGAUUGGCUAA